GCCGCCACCACCUCCGUCUCGCCUCCCUCCCUUCCCAUCCCGAGAUCCCGGCCAAGGACCUGGCAGGGGCGUCGUCGUCGUCGGCAGGGGCGUCGGCAACUUCGACCUGGCCAAGGACCCCGCCAAGUACAACCUCGUCGACCCGCCGGAGAGGAACACCGUCGGCGUGCCCGCCGGUGGGUGGACGGCGAUCCGGUUCAGGGCGGACAACCCAGGGGUCUGGUUCUUGCACUGCCAUCUGGAGGUGCACACGAGCUGGGGCCUGAAGAUUUCGUUUGAGGUCCAAGCGGAAUUCAAGAGGUUUGCUGAAUCAAUGGAGCAAUCAUGUCGUGAAAGAACCGCGCUGGAUUGCGACACUUCCUAGAUUUCGUCUGAGGUGCACACGAGCAAGCGCCUGCAAUUUAUUUCGUCCCUGCAAGGAUUCUUCAACAUGUCUCUUAACACAUCGGAAAGCUCUGAUGACUCUAAUUCAACUCAAACACGUGCAAAAAGGUCCAAGGUGUGGGAACAUUUUGAGCAGAAUCUUGUGGAAGUGGAUAAAUUUUUAGAGCUGUUUGCAAGUAUUGUCGAAUGCAGUUAAGCACCAAAUCUGGAACUAGUAGCCUUAGAACCCACCUUUCUCAAUAUUGUCAUGCAAUUGGGGAAGCCGAGAGGAACAGAUUCAUAGCAACCUUAAAGAAGCCCAUAGAGAACUUUGUGUUUGACCCUCAGUUUAGUCGUGAGCGUAUGAUAGAGUUUGUCAUACAUGCUGAAAUCCCAUUUAACAAGUUUGAGGAUCCAUACUUCGAACCAUGGGUUCAGUCCAUGCAGCCAACUCUAAGUGUUGUGGGACGACAAACUGUUCGCAAUGAUUGUCUAAAGAAGUACCAGAGAAUAAAGCAAGAUAUUCAGAAUGAACUUGAAAGCCUAGACUCCCAUGUGUGCUUGACAUCGGAUUUGUGGACAUCAAUCCAAAAUUUAGGCUACAUGGUUGUAACAGCUCACUAUAUCACUCCUGACUUCAAGAUCAAGAAGAAGAUAAUAAGUUUCAAAGAGGUCAAAUAUCCACACUCAGAGUUUGCUAUCGAAGAAGCACUUGCAGCUGCUUGACUGAGUGGGGCAUACGGAACAAAUUGUUUACUCUCACAGUGGACAAUGCUAGUAACAACAACACUGCAUGUGACCUGUUGGUAGAUACUCACAAGUAUGAGUUGAUGCUUGAGGGUGCACAUUUGCAUGUGAGAUGUUGUGCGCAUAUCCUGAAUAUUUUGGUUCAAGAUGGGAUGAAAAUUAUUCAUGAGGGGAUAAAGAAGAUUCGGGAGCUCUUGAAGCACAUUGUCUCUUCGCCCUCAAGAAUGCAAGCUUUUAAUGAAAUUGCAGUGGUGAAUGGUCUUCCAACAAAAUGUGGUAUUGCUCUUGACAUACCCAACCGUUGGAAUACCACCUUCAAGAUGGUUGCAGAAGCAAUCAAGUACAAGACCGUCCUAAAUAGCUAUGCAAAUAAACAUGCAGAAAUUCCUCCAAAUGAACAAGAAUGGAGCACAACUGAUUCAAUCUGUAAGUUUCUUAAAACUUUUGAAGAGGCUACAAAAGCAAUAUCGGCUCAUAGGAAACCAACUUCAUACAUGUUCUUGCCUUUAAUUGUUUCAAUUUGGGAUGCCUUGGAUAACCCUUCUUGGCAGACAAGUGUGGCACUACAAGACCUGGCUGCAGCCAUGAGGAUCAAGUUUGAAAAGUAUUGGGGUAGAGAUUUUGAUGAGUCAAACCAGCCUAUUCCUCGCAGAAAUAAAAAGGAUUAUGAUGUCAACCUUGGAAUUGUUAUUGCAACAAUGUUAGAUCCGAGGGGAAAAGCAGAAUAUGCAGAGUUCUUCUACCAGAAGAUUUGUAGCAAUAUAGAUCAGAUUGAUUCAAGUGUUGAUGCUGCUCUAGUUUGGAUGAAAAAAUACUUCCUGGAGUAUGAGCAACGCUUGAGGAGAGUUAAUGCAUACUCUGUUACAUAUUCAAGUGAGGGCAGCAUUUGUGUGGGCUCACCGGUGCUUGCGAAAAGGCAGCUAGGAUCAGAAUUUGCAAACUUCAAGUCAAGUCGGAGAAAGACUCGUCCACCAAAAUCUGAAUUUGACAUCUACUUUGAAGAAGAUUGUGUGGAAGACAUUGAAAACUUUGACAUUUUGGCUUGGUGGAAGGCACAUGCUGAGAAGUUCCCGAUCUUAUCAGUUAUGGCACGUGAUUUCCUCACCAUUCCUCUUAGUACCGUUUCUUCCGAAUCAGCCUUUAGUCUUGGAGGUAGGAUUCUUGGGGAGUCAAGAAGCUCACUAACUCCAGAGAUGUUAGAAGCCCUUGUGUGUGGGAAAGACUGGUAUUCAAGGAAAAAGAUGCAGACAAUGAAGGUCAACAAAUUAGUGAAGAUCAGACUAGUGAAAUGGUCACCUUUGUCACUCCAUCAGACUAGUGAAAUGGACUUCGACAUCUCUCAGGCCACAAGAUGUUCUGGAACUGAAUUCUUGAAGAAUACCACAGCUAGAGUAUAUAUCAAACCAGUUGAGAAUCACAGAAAACCUUAUUUCUUUGAAGUAUUACCAUGUUAAUUUUUGAUGUCUUGGAACUAGAUGAAGUGAACUAUCUUUGAUGUCUUGCUGAUUUCUGGAAUGUACUAUGGGUUGCUGCUGCUUCUGUAGCUGGAAACGCUGGCCACAUGCUCGACCAGUUAAUGUACAAUAGUGUGUUUGUGACACGUCACUAUGACAAUGGAUAAAGGUUGAUGAAUUAAACUAAGAAGUGGGAAAAUUUGCUGGUGUUUUCCUCAAGCAGUUAGCAGUCCAAGAUUUAGUGACAGCAGGGAGCAACCAGUUUGGUUUUGUUCUUAGGGCUGAUACGAUAGGAUUAAACUCGAGCCUGUACCCUCAACCGUAUUCUUGCAUAGGAUGGAAUUGCUUCUAAAAGGAACAGUUUAUUGUCAGGUUGAUGACACCUCCGAUUAAACUCGAGCCUGUACCCUCAACCGUAUUCUUGCAUAGGAUGGAAUUGCUUCUAAAAGGAACAGUUUAUUGUCAGGUUGAUGACACCUCCAGCUGCACCACUGUUUCCUUCCCUUGAGAUUGAAGCCAACUCCUCCCAAAUGGUGUUCCAAAGGGUACCAAGCACAAGCGUGAACAGUAUAUAUAUGUAACAUAGGUCUUUGCAACUUGUUUGACUACUAGUAGCUAUCUAAUGGGUUCUUAUUGGGUUGUAACCAUAUUUGGCAAGCAGUUUGUAUAACUUAUGCACUGAAAAGUUUGAGGUGGUAUGGUGUGUGAAGGUGGAAGUUUGAUUUGGAGUGGGUUAAA